UCCCUCCCCGCAGCGGCCGGGCCGGGCCGGGCCCGCAGCAGCACGGUUUCCUGCUCGCUCGGCCGGCAACUGCCAGUCACCAGCAGCGGCCGCGGCGGGAACGCAGGUGGCUUUUUUAAUGCGGUAGUGCCAUUAACUGGCGGAAGAGUAAACAUGAGGGUAGCAGGUGCGGCAAAAUUGGUGGUAGCUGUAGCAAUAUUUUUGCUGACAUUUUAUGUUAUAACACAAGUAUUUGAAAUAAAAAUGGAUGCAAACUUAGGAAACCUGUUUGCCAGAUCAGCGUUGGAUAUGGCUGCACGUUCUACAAAACCUCCAAGAUAUAAAUGUGGGAUUUCAAAAGCUUGUCCUGAAAAGCACUUUGCCUUCAAAAUGGCAAGUGGAGCAGCGAAUGUAGUUGGGCCCAAAAUUUGUGUAGAAGAUAAUGUUUUAAUGAGCGGUGUUAAGAAUAAUGUUGGCAGAGGAAUAAAUAUAGCAUUAGUAAAUGGAAAAACAGGAGAAGCAUUGAACACCAAAUAUUUUGACAUGUGGGGAGGAGAUGUGGCACCAUUUAUUGAAUUCCUAAAGUCCAUUCAAGAUGGAACUAUAGUAUUAAUGGGAACCUAUGAUGAUGGUGCAACCAAGCUUAAUGAAGAGGCACGGAAACUUAUCGCUGAAUUGGGAAGCACGUCCAUUAACAACCUUGGUUUUAGAGACAACUGGGUCUUUUGUGGUGGAAAAGGAAUUAAGACUAAAAGUCCAUUUGAACAGCAUAUAAAGAACAACAAGGACACAAACAAAUAUGAAGGUUGGCCAGAAGUUGUUGAGAUGGAAGGCUGCAUCCCUCAGAAGCAAGACUAAAACAAAAAGAUAUAAAAGAGACAAUGUGGAAGAAAAUGCACUUUCUGUUAUUCUUAGGGAGAGGGAUCUGAAGGAGAAUACUGUGUAAUGUAAAUAUUUUUAAAGCAUGCAUCCAUCUUAUGAGUGUGCGCAUGAGCAUUGACAUUUUGAAUAUCGGGAUUAUUUAUUGCUGACAGAGAGAAGUCUUUUUGUAAAUAAAUCCAGAAUAAAUAAGACAGUGAAUAGUUUCUAAACAGUUUUCCUAAGAGCACAGCAUUUAAUUUGCUGAUAGUAAAUAAUAACUUUUAGAUCUACUGGCUAAGCAGUUGGGUAUUCCCAGUAAUAAACAGAUUGGAAAGGAUGCUGUACUGUCCUCUAACAGUGUAAAUGUUACCUGUGAGUUACAUAACCUUUGUGGAAAAUGUAGAUUUUAGUGUGAAAUUAAUAAAGAGCUUUAAUUUUUUAUCCUCUGCCUUUUUGAUGGCAGUAUCACUUUCUUUUUAAAGAUAAAUUCGGUUACUCUAGUACUAUGUGCUCUAGAACUUUGUUUUCUGACUUCCCAGCCCAAAACUAAUAAUCAGCAAGAGCAAAAUACUUGAUAUCAAAAUGUACAUCAGCUGUGAGAAGCACAAUUAAGUUCUUUUUAUUAUGAAAAAGCAAAAGUAAAUAUAUAAAUGCUUGUACAUGGUAUUUAAAAACUGCUUGGAAGGAUUUGUGUUUAACAAGGAAGUAGUGUUUACUGUGUAGAAGCUACUUGGCUUGAUAAUGUCUUGGCACUGUUAAGCCACUCAGUACUAGGACUAAAUUGUUCAGUUUUUAUUACAACUUUUUGUACCUGCUGCCUGACUAUCAAUUCUACCAAGAGCUACUCAGCAAUACUAAUUAGAAAAAUGAUAGAACUGCAUCAUGAAAUGCCUUCCUGUUUAAGUUCUAAUAGGAAGUAAAUUUCCCAGUGCAUAACGCACGUUAGAUAGUAGGCUGGCACCUGAUGAGAAUUAAGUAAUAUAUUCAGUUUUGCAUAGUUUCACUACCUGUACUACUUCUAAUGUGAACUGAAACGAUCACUGGUUAGAAUGGGAUGCUGCAAAAUGCAUCACAUUUUAAGAUAUUAAUCUUAUUAAUCUUAUGGUACUCAAUAUAGACUAAUAAUGCUUUCUUCAACCCCUUUAAAAAACUGGACCAAGUCAAAGUGGCCUUAUUCCCUAGCUCAUAGUAGAAUAAACAACACCAAACAUUUUCAUAGAAAGUCAUUUUUUUUUUAAAUUGCUUUUGGUUUUUAGUUAGCAAGCUUUGAAUGUUUUCUGAAAAUGAAGUGAGCACAGGGAAACUGACAAUGCAGGUGAUCGCUGUGUAGAGACUAACAAUUUUGUGUAAUCUCUUGGAAUUUGUUGCAAACACAAUUCUGAUAAAACUGUUCAAUCCCUUUGAUACCAUGAGAGAGAGAUUUACAGGAACUGCAAGUGAAUUGAAACAAAUACUGCUCAAAUGCUAUAUAAUCAGCGACUUCUAAGACAAACCUAAAAUUAUGCGCACUAAAAACUUACAGCAAUAUUGGGAAUGAGUACUUUAUUAUAUAGCU